UUGCAGAGAUUGCGUGAGGAGGUGAGACAGUUAAAGCAGUCAGUGGAGGCAGUAACCAACGCGUCGCCUGAGAAGCUCGUGAAACAGAUCUUGGCUUAUGCUUCCCGCCCGUUGACAGAGUUUAACAAGUAUGAGGUGCUUGAGAUGUUGGAGACUCUGCAUAACAAGGCCGCUGACCGUAAUCAUGACAGGAAGAACUACUAUCGGCUCGUUCAUCAGUCGGCGAGGGAAAAGGUGGAGUUGUCGAAGGACCACUUCAAGGACCUUGUUAUGCGCCUAUUAGGAGACAAGGACCACGAGAGGGUCCUGGAUAUCGUUUCUAAAGUAGAAAAGAAGUCAAAUCGCAAGAAGCCUCAAGCGAACGACAACAGGGGUGCUGGUGUGGCACGUCCGUCUCGUCUAUUUUCUUUGCGAUGUUAUUUUUGUCAUAGGCGAGGUCAUAUCAAAGCUGAUUGUCCUGAUUUGAAGUCCAAGCAGAGGAAAACGGAUCCCAAAUCAGACAAGUAGCUUGUGUUUAGAUCUCGUUAGAUCGCACCGGUGUUAUAGGUUGAAGGCCGCCUGGACAAGGCUGUGUGUUGUAAUAUUGCUUAAUUCUUUGCGAUAAUAAACAAACUUUUGUGUGUAUUGAAUCAAUCUAGUGCAUAUUUUACUCUGUCUAUUUUGUCAACAUAGUUAUAACGACUUUGAAAAAGGGGUAUCCUUGAGACAAGGGCCCUCCAGCCUCGCUGGUCUUAGCUGUUAUUUCUCUGCUGACUUUGACGGGGAUGAUUUUAAUAUGGUCUUAGAUUUUUCGGCGAUUCAGUGUUUAAAGGUGUCUUCACUACCCCUUUUUCCUAGGGAAACAUGUGGUGUUGGGAAAAAUCUGACUCCUUUGAUCUUCGACUUCAGGAGUUACAAGGCAAAGAAAUUGAGCUUCCAAUGUCCUGGGUCGAUUGUUUCGGUAACCCCGUCGAGGUCAGUGGAGAAGUGACAGCCUGUGACCGUGUUAGAUUACAGAGAAUACAGAGGGGAGAGUUAAUUGGUGAUAUUUCGGAGUUAUUGUUCCGUGACCCAAAUUGUUUUCGAGCUGGAGAAUUGCAUAACCAUUUCGAGUAUUGGCAGUACAUUGCGCGAGAUAGCUCGUCACCCCAACAGGCACAGAUUCUUGGGUGGAUAAGGGACAAGGUCUCGAUUAAGCCGUUUUUCAAGCAUUUUAAAGGAAGUUUUAAAGGAGAAUUGUUCGAUUCAGACGAGCCUCCGAUGAAGGUGUUUAAGAACAAUGUUUCUUGCAAGCCCUUUGUGUCAUUUGUGGAGGAAACGUUAGUUGCGCGCUUGAGAUCUGGAGCUAUUUCGCUGUUGGGGAGAGUGGGUGUGGUUGACCCUCCAUUUAUUGUUCUUCCCCUUACAGUUGAGCCAACAAAGCCA